GCUCUUAUCAACGUGGUGAGGAUUGUUGUCUUUUUGCUGUUUAUAAACGUGAGAUUCCGAAUGCCGCUUUCAGUUGUGUCGUGGUCGUAUUUCAGUGGGUACUUUAGUGCCUUCUGCUGUGGUUAAUCAACGUGUCAAGUUUUUCAUCAUGUGUGGAAUUUUUGCUUACCUGAAUUAUUUGACACCCAAAACUAGACGUGAGAUUCUCGAACUGCUUGUGAAUGGAUUGAAGAGGCUUGAAUACCGUGGCUAUGACUCAGCUGGUCUGGCCAUUGACACACCAAAUGGAAAGGAUGUCUCCAUCAUCAAGAAAAGUGGCAAAGUACAAGCCCUAGAAGAUGAAAUCAAAUCAAAAGAAGAAGUUUUAGAUGUAGACGCAACCACAGAAUAUCAUGUUGGAAUUGCCCACACACGCUGGGCUACCCAUGGAGUGCCCAGUGCUGUCAAUGCUCACCCACAGCGAUCGGACAGUGACCAGGCAUUCUGCGUCAUCCACAAUGGAAUUAUUACCAACUUCAAAGAUAUCAAAGCUUUCCUCAUCAGCAAAGGUUACGAGUUUGAAAGUGACACAGACACAGAAGCCAUUGCAAAAUUAGUGUUCCAUAUGUACAAACAACAUCCAAAUUACUCAUUCAGAGAAUUGGUUGAACAAGUCGUCCAGCAACUUGAAGGAGCUUUUGCUCUUUGUUUCAAGAGUAAACAUUACCCAGGAGAAUGUGUCGCAACUCGUCGGGGUAGUCCACUCUUGGUCGGCAUCAAAACCAAAAGGCACUUAGCAACAGACCACAUUCCUAUUCUUUACAGUAAAGAUGCAGAUUCUCACAGCCACUCAGAUCAUAGACCGCAUGGACGCAAUGACAUUCCACUCAUCCCUAGAACAGAAUCAACGGCUGAAUUCAGGCCGUAUGAAGAUAAAGAAGUGGAAUACUUCUUUGCCUCAGACGCUAGUGCUGUGAUCGAACAUACAAACAGAGUCAUCUUCCUUGAGGAUGAUGAUGUAGCAGCUGUGAAAGAAGGUCUUCUUGUCAUUCACCGGUUGCGACGAUCAGUGGAUGACUCACUUACAAGAGAAAUUACCACAAUUAAGAUGGAAAUUCAACAAAUCAUGAAAGGUAACUACAGUUCAUUCAUGCAAAAAGAAAUCUUUGAACAGCCAGAAUCUGUUGUGAACACAAUGAGAGGAAGACUUAAUUUUAGAGACAAAAUAGUUGUAUUGGGUGGAAUUAAGGAAUACAUUCCUGAAAUUAGACGAUGCCGCAGGCUGAUGCUCAUUGGUUGCGGUACAUCGUAUCACAGUGCUGUAGCAUGCAGACAGUUGCUGGAGGAAUUAACGGAAUUGCCAGUCAUGGUCGAACCAGCCUCCGAUUUUCUAGACAGAAAUACUCCCGUCUUCAGAGACGAUGUCUGUUUCUUCAUCUCACAAUCUGGUGAAACUGCCGAUUCUCUAAUGGCACUGCGUUACUGUAAGCAGCGAGGGGCCCUAAUUGUAGGUGUGACAAACACAGUCGGGUCAUCAAUCUGUCGUGAGUCACAUUGUGGAAUCCACAUCAACGCUGGCCCAGAGAUCGGUGUUGCUUCCACAAAAGCUUAUACUUCCCAGUUCAUCUCAUUGGUUAUGUUUGCUCUUGUCAUGUCUGACGACCGGAUCUCAAUGCAAAAAAGGCGAGAAGAGAUUAUCUCUGGACUAGAACAUUUAGAUGAACAGAUCAGAGAAGUGUUAGCACUGGACAACAAAGUCAAAACACUUGCCGAAUCGCUUUAUGAACAGAAAUCCCUACUCCUCAUGGGUAGAGGCUACAAUUUCUCUACUUGUUUAGAAGGAGCAUUGAAAGUGAAAGAAUUAACCUACAUGCACAGUGAAGCCAUUCUAGCAGGAGAAUUAAAGCAUGGACCCCUAGCAUUGAUUGAUGACUCCAUGCCAAUCAUAAUGGUCGUCACGAGAGAUCCUAUCUUUACCAAAUGCAUGAAUGCUAUCGAGCAAGUCUGUGCCCGCCAGGGAAAGCCAAUCAUAAUUUGUGAGAAGGGUGACACUGAAACGCAAAGCAUGGCUUGGGAAUACAUCGAAGUCCCACACACAGUUGACUGUCUUCAGGGUAUCUUGACUGUCAUCCCAAUGCAACUGUUGUCCUAUCAUUUGGCCAUGCUCCGAGGCUGCAAUAUCGAUCACCCAAGAAACCUUGCCAAAUCCGUCACUGUCGAGUAGAAUACCUUCAACACCAUUGGUGUAGCCUGAUAUUAUAGGACCAAUGUUAAAUUUCUACAAAUCUUCAAAACUUCACACCAUUCAGAGAGUCUGAUAACAAUACUAUUUUUACUUCAACGUUUUAAGACAAGAAUUUCCUAGAUUGAUCUUUUUCAAAUAUCUGUGAAACAGAAAUUGGAAUUUAAUUCUUGGUACUCUUCUUUAAAAAAAUUUUCCACAUUUUGUGAUGAAAAGUAUCCCAAUGUAUUGAGCCAAUCUAAAUUUAUGAAGGUUAAAAAAAAAUUUAAAAAGGUUAAAGCUGUUUAAAAACCUAGUGCAGAAAGGGAGCUAUUGAAUGUUUGGAUCUACCAUUUUUAUAACUGUACUAAGGAAGAACACCUCAUGAGAAUUCAGCAUUGUCUUUCCUUUGAUAAAACUCAAAUUUUCUGGAAAGGCAGCGUGACAGGUUAGACUCCAAAUCGUCAGAUUAAAAUACCCCUUUGUGCGUCCUAUCGGGGCAAAAAUGAACCCCACAACUAAUAUUCUUAUACACUUUAGUAAACACCGUAGAGUUUUCCUCACUGAAAACUCAAAUUUGGAUUUUUCGAUCGAACUUGACAAUAAUUCUUUCCCUGAAUAAUUUGCCUUCACACUCAAAGGUCCUUUUUCAAGUGGAAACUCUCAUAUCAAGCCGGAAAUGAGAUGAAUCGAAGUAUGUCUCAUCACCCGUCUGUUUUGCUCUAAGUUUGAAUGUUCAACAUGCAUCUGACUUUUUGUUCCUAUCUACUUUGUUCUCCUGAACUGAAUUCUCAGGAUGAGGAGAUGUAUUGAUCGUCAAUUUAAAAUUCAAAUUAUCUUUUAGACUCAUUGUUGUUCCUCAAUUUAUUCGAUCAAAGUAAAAUGACUUCAAGUCUGCAGCAAUAUUUUUAACCUCAUAGAGCCUGUUUUAGAUUACUUUUCCUCUUUUGCUGUAUGUGCAGGAUAGGGGAAAGUAAUCCAAAACGGGCUCUACCUCUCUUGAAGUAUCAGGAGUCAUUUUUGUAAACAUUAAUUUGAAUUGUUGAAUUGCCUCUUAUGUGAUAUGUUAAUUUAAAUGUAACAGUUAAAAUCCAAUUAACUGACUUACAAAUUACUCCGUCAGAUUUUUCAUAAACUUUUCAUUUUAACAUUUCAACAAACUCUGUCCUGAAGUAAAAAAAAAAAAAAAACAAAAAACUUAUGUGUGUACACAUUCUUCUUCAAAUAUUUUUGACUUUAUGACUCGUUUUUUAUGUUGUAUUGAAUUUUAAAAUUUUACAAGGAGUGCGAAAACUUGCCCUUGAAGGAAAAAAUCAGAUUCUAACACUAGAAUGUUUUUCUUUGUGACAAUUCAAAUUGUGCACACCAAAGGUAUGAGUCUCUUUGAAAGUAGCUUCAUCCUAGAUGUUCUUUUCAAAUGGAAUUCUAUCCAAUAAUACACCAUAAAAUGGGCAAGGUUAGUUUUUCACCCUAAUUUAAACCCUUUUUGUCUGAAAUUUACCAAAUUUUAAGUAGGGCAUCAACUUGCACUAGAAAGUGCACUUUUUGCAUUUACGUAUAUCGAAAGUAAGGAAGAAAAUUACCCAAAAAAAUUUUGAAUUUAAAAGCUCAGUAUUAUUCUAGUUCUUCAGUCAAUCUUUUUGAAGUUAAUUGGACGUAUUUAUGCUAAAAGAAACUAUUCUGCACACAGUUCUUUAUAGCAUAGAUAUCUUCUCUCUUGCUCUCUUGAAAAUCACAGAAAAUGUCUCAUUUCUUGUUUUACAAAUGUGUUUUGUUUGUUAAUUUCUCGAACAUCAAACAAAUUUGACACUUAUCUGAUGCCAGAUUUAUUCGGUCCCAAUUUCAUGACAAAAAACGAACAUAUUCUAUCUAUAAAUGUAUGUGCAAUAUAGUUUUUUAAUAAAUUACAUCUUUUUUUU